AUGGCAAUGAGCUUCGUGAAGACCCUUUUCACCGCACCUGAAGUCAAUCAAAGCACCCGAAAAGCCAAGUCGAUCCCUAUACUGAACCCCUUUGACAAAUAUGGACGGGUUUUCUUCUUCUCCUGGGUUGGCUUCAUGGUCGCAUUCCUGUCGUGGUAUGCAUUCCCGCCACUGUUGACUGUGACUAUCAAGAAAGACCUGCAUAUGACACAGGCGGAAGUCGCCAACUCCAAUAUCAUUGCACUCCUCGCUACGCUGCUCGUUCGACUUGUGGCAGGACCACUCUGUGACCGCUUUGGUCCACGACUGGUCUUUGUUGGACUUCUCCUCUGUGGAUCGAUUCCUACGGCCAUGGCCGGCCUUGUCACCAACGCGAAGGGCUUGAUCGCUCUUCGAUUCUUCGUUGGAAUACUAGGAGGAACAUUUGUCCCAUGCCAGGUCUGGUGUACAGGCUUCUUUGAUAAGAAGAUUGUCGGUACAGCAAAUUCUCUGGCCGGAGGAUGGGGUAAUGCAGGUGGAGGCAUCACAUACUUUGUGAUGCCAGCCAUUUAUGAUUCCCUCAUGCGAGACCGCGGUCUCUCUUCCCACAAGGCAUGGCGCGUCGCCUACAUAGUUCCAUUCAUCAUCAUCGCUGCCAUUGCCAUCGGUAUGCUUCUCCUAUGCGAAGACACCCCUACUGGAAAAUGGUCUGAGCGACACCUCUGGGCAAAGGAGUCAAGUGGCACUGCCACGCCCAUGGAUGGAAACAUCGUCGACCUCAACACCGGCACAUUCUCCAGCGGAAUAACAACCCCUUACAACUCAGCCACAAUCGAUGUUGAGAAGAAGGGCGUCCAGACGCCCCAGGUCAUGGAUAAUCCUGCCGUCGGACAGAUGGACAACAUCUUCAGACAGGAAGCUGUCGUCGCCCCAUCUCGCAAGGAAGCCCUCAACGUCGCUCUCAGUCUUUCCACCAUGGCUGUUGCUAUUCCUUAUGCCUGCUCAUUUGGAUCUGAGCUCGCCAUCAACUCCAUUCUGGGAUCUUACUAUGAGAAGAACUUCCCACAUAUGGGCCAGACUCAAACUGGUCAAUGGGCUGCUAUGUUCGGUCUGCUGAAUGUAGUCUUUCGUCCAAUCGGUGGUCUGUGUGGUGAUUUACUCUACCGGGCUACUAAUAAUGUCUGGUCGAAGAAACUUCUCCUGACAUUUUUGGGACUUGCCAUGGGCGCAUUCCAGCUUGCGAUUGGAUUGUCCAAUCCGACAACCGAGUCCGCCAUGUUCGGUCUGAUCGCUGGGCUGGCUUUCUUCCUUGAGGCGUGCAAUGGUGCCAACUUUGCCGUUGUACCUCAUGUUCAUCCCUUUGCUAAUGGCAUUGUUUCUGGAAUUGUUGGUGGCUUUGGCAACCUUGGAGGAAUUAUCUUUGCUAUUAUCUUCAGAUAUAACGGUACUGACUAUGGAAGAUCGUUGUGGAUCAUCGGUGUCGUAUCAUUAGGGGCAAACUUGGCGGUCUCUUGGAUUCGUCCCGUUCCUAAAAGUCAGAUGUCUUAA